GCGAAGCCAUUUUCCAAAUUUAGUUGACAUCUCAGUUUAAAUUUUAAAAUCUGUGGUUAUUCAUUCGCUUUUCUGCCUUCUCUCUGCUUUGCUGCUGUUUGUUCUUCAGCGAAUAUUCUCGUCUUAUUGAACGUGUAAAAGAAGCAGUUUGUUUUAAUGGAAGGCGGCGAUUUAAACGUGGAACAGCAGUCGAAAUUGCCAAACGAUGCUGAAAUUGGUAGCUCUAUGGAGAAAGAGGAUACAAGUCCCAGCACAGAUUUAAAUGAACCAACUUCUACUGGAGAAGAUACGGAUGAAAAUGUUGUCUCGUCAACAUCAAACGACGACCAAGUCGAUGCAAAGCGAUUGGAGACUGAAGACAAAUCCUUGGAGGAAAAAUCUGCCUUGCCUAGUUCAGGCCAAUUAACGAGUCGACUCGCUGUUUGGAUGAUAAAUAACGAGACUGAUCAACGAGUUAUUGAUUUAAUUUAUUGGCGGGAUAUCAAGAAGACUGCGGUGGUGUUUGGUAUAACUUUACUAGUAUUGUUAUUCCUUGCAUAUCACACUGUCUUAAGUGUCCUAUCCUUCUUUGCACUGUCCUUGCUUACCGUCUCAUUGCUCUACCGCAUUGGAAUGACUGUGAUUGGUGCAGUACAAAAGACUGGCACAGGAAGCCCGUAUAAGUCACUUCUGGAGAAGAACAUUUCUAUCUCACCUGAGAAGGCGAGGGACAUUGGUGAAUGUGUUGGCUGUAAAAUAAACUGUGCCAUUGCAAAGCUGACAAAACUUUUCCUUGUUGAGGAUAUCCUAGCAUCAUUGAAGUUCGGUGUUUUCCUUUGGUUCCUGUCCUGUGUUGGAAAGUGGUUCAAUGCUGUCACCUUGAUGAUCAUAGGUACAAUCUUGCUCUUCUCUGUUCCUAAGCUGUACGAAGAUCAUCAGACACAAGUUGACAGCUUCCUAUGCAAGGUUUGCAAGAAGACUGAUGAAAUUGUGAAAACGGUGAAAACGAAAAUUGAAAGCCGUUUCAAAAAAGAAAAAAGUUCCUAAUUUGCUUCGUAGACGUUUAUAUAUCACUUACUCCUUUACAAACCGUAUAUUUGAGUUUUAAAGAUUAUUUAUUAUAUAUUAGAUUAUUCUAGACUAAAUUGUACCCAAUUAAAUUAAUAAUGGGUAGAGAAUCACGGACCUCGUAGAGCUUUGUUGGUUUCCAGAGAGAGUAGAGUUGAACGAUGAAGCAAGAUUUAUUAGAUGCAUGUAUUUCAGUCAUCUGCUCAAACACUAGGAAUCAGAAGAAAGGGUUUUCGCAGGAGAAUGCAUGUUUAAAAAAGGAAUCAUUAUUAGUUACAAUUUUGCAGGAUCAAUGGUGUUCAACUGGCGAUGAUCAUUGGAGAAAAAUGAAGGUUUUCUUAGCAUUUCUUGUAGUAUUAAAUAUGGGACGAUUACUACAAAUUUUAUUUCUCGCAUUGGCAUACACACGUAAAAGAACCACAGCAGAUUGCAUGAUAUAAAAAAGCUGGUUAUAGCCUGUUACAGUUGAACAACAAUUGUUCCAAAAGUUGUCCCAAAAGCUCUGAAAUUCAGCUGCACUUUUACAAAUGAAAGAAAAAAAGCGUUUUUACGUGUAUUUGUCCAUGACGUGCUUGAAAUGAAAUUGCAUUUGACAUCCUUACUGAUUCAAAUUACGUUAUUGGGCUAUUGAUUUGUACAUCUAAUUUUGAAUGAAUUUGAUCUCUGAAGUGAG